AUGGGUUUCACAAUGGGCCUGAACUUGCUGCUCUUGAUGGCUAUGGUGGCCACCAACAUACUCUCACUCUACCAUCUCUCCUCCACUAUCCAAACCCCCAAAUCCCCAGCUCCACAGCCAGUCCCUGACCACCUCCUCCACCAGCUCCACACCAUCCGCGCCACCAUCAAUCACCUCACGCGCAACUACCCAUCUCCACCGGUCACCGCCAAAGCAGCCAAACCCACCAUUCCCUCAGAUCUCCUCCUCUACUCUCAGCUCUCCCCCAUAGCCUCCUCCUGCCACAACCACCCUGAACUCCUCCACAAGUACAUGACCUACACCCCCUUCUCUCUCUGCCCUCUUGACUCGGACCUCGCCGAGUCACUCACUCUGCGCGGCUGCCACCCUCUUCCUCGCCGCCGCUGCUUCACCAAAACCCCGCCAAAACCCACUUCUUCUCUCCCCCAGAACCCAUUUCCUUCUUCGCUUCCAGACGCCAAUGUCUUGUGGACCAAGUAUUCGUGCAAAAGCUUCAGCUGCCUCAACCGCCAGAACCUCAAUUUGGGCUUCGACCCGCCUCACGAAGUGGUCAAUUUCAUGACUUACAAGUCCGAGCUCGACCUCCCCAUCCCUCAGCUCUUCCAAAUCGCCAAGGCGGCCAACUCGGUCCUCCGGCUCGGCAUCGACAUCGGCGGCGGGACCGGGUCCUUCGCGGCGAGGAUGAAGCUCUACAAUGUCACCAUUGUCACCACGACCAUGAACCUCGGGAUCCCCAACAAUGAGGCGGUGGCGCUGAGGGGGCUGGUGCCGAUUCACGCGCCGCUGCAGCAGCGGCUGCCGGUGUUCGAUGGGGUGGUGGAUCUGGUGCGGUGCGGGCACGCCGUUAACCGGUGGAUACCGGUGACGGCGUUGGAGUUUCUGCUGUUUGAUGCGGAUAGAGUGUUGAGGGGAGGAGGGUACUUGUGGCUGGACCAUUUUUUCAGCAAAGAGGCGGAUCUUGAUAAGAUUUUUGGACCGUUGAUUGGGAAAUUGGGGUACAGGAAGGUGAAGUGGGCGACGGCGAGCAAGAACGAUUCGGGUGGGUUGAAGAAUGGAGAGGUUUACUUAUCUGCUCUUCUCCAAAAGCCUGUCUCAAAAUAA